AUGGUGGAGGUCCAAAACGCAGCGCUCUGUGCCGAAGUCGAAGUCGUCGUCGUGCCGGGUCGCUUCCCAGCGAAACGAAGUGGCCGCCGCCGACUCACCCUGCAGCAUCGGUGGGCUCGGACAAACCCUUCCGGCCACCUUCGCGCCCGCGCCGCCGGCCUUCGGCACCGACCGUGUGGCCUUCAUAUCUCCGAGACUCACCUGGUGACGAAACCAAUGAUGUUCAGGUUGCUCUUCAGCUUCCUACUGAUGGCCGAAUUGAGAGCCGAGGAGGAGGCUCUAGCUCUUAUCCAAGGGCAUGCGAGAAAGAUCGUGAAGAGCAAGGCCGCGAAGUCCGCAGCUGCCCCUCUCGACGAUGCUUUGUUGGACAUGGAAGGCCUCUCAUUGAUGCAAGGAGCAGGUGCUCAGUGCCGCGUGAACGCCCCAGAGAAAUGCACCGCCCGAGUUCGAAGGGCGAAGCCGGAGAUGAGCACCGACCCGGUCUUGUCGGCUGCAGUGGCCGACGGUGUGGAGGACAGCAUGGCCGCCAUCUCCCUCUUCCAGACGGGGCGAGGCUCGUUCCGCAAGGCCGACGAAUGCGGCUCCUCCGGCCGCGCCGCCGCCAGCGAAGCCUCCAUCGACGAGGGCGCCGACUCGGCGGCCACCUCGCUGCUACAGCAGGAGCGUAGCAAGAUCAAGGUCCGCAAGGUGAGUAUCCCUUGA